AUGGAUCAUUAUCAAUAUGGCGUGGAUUCAUAUCAUAUCAACGUCGGAGCCGGUGACUGUGCUAUCCAUCUCCUCACUCGUUUCACGUACCAGGGUGGGAAUGAGACCAUAGCAGGGAUUGAAAGCGCCGUCUUAGUGGAUUUCGGGUGGGAGCAGGGUCAUCAAUGGGGAUCGGGGUAUGAAGGGCUAAAGCAAACUCUGGGCGUUAUUCGUCGCAAAUACAAUUUGAACUCUGAAUCGGAUAUUAAAUUUGACGCCGUUGUCAUUACUCAUUGGGACGGAGAUCAUUUCCAUGGCCUUUGGCCCUUCAUUCACCACGACAUGACACAGCUAUGGGAUGCCGUGGAUACUUUGAAAAAUGACACUUCCAAAGCUGCAGAUAAUGCAGCGCCCUUCCUCUAUGCCUCGCAGGAUGAAGUACUGGCCGCCGCUAUACGACAGAGGGUACUCGCUGUGUGCGGGAACUUUCAGACGAUGAAUGUGGUGGAACUAGGCACGGAAAUAUACACCGAUAUAGCCCGGCCAUUGACUCUCACGACUCCUCAGCUUACCACUGUUCAAAAGACCGCCCUACAGAGCAGAUUCCGCGCAGUCAUGAACGUUCUUCUUGACCCAACUGGUACAUUUUUAACUCCUACAGCCCUCUUAGCCGCGGAAGCCGUCAACUUGACAUCGAACGAGUUCGUUCUAAAGUACGGCUUAGAUUGGGCUGUCGGAGUUGGCUUGCACCCUGAGCCCAAGUUCCAGGAUUGGAUGCAGAACACAUAUCGUUGCCGUCACUUCAAGUUCGAUCCGACCAACUCUGAGCCCCUAACGGUUCUCGUAGCUCCGACUUUACCGCCAAAAGCUUUUAUGGAGACCCCGACCGGUUACUGUUAUCUAUUAUGGCAGGACCCCCAAUCGAACUCCGACACAAAUCCCUGGGUUAAGCUCACGGAUGGCAGCGACACACCCGGCUUCCAAGAAGACUUAGUAUUCUACCUCCAACUCAGCCGUUUGUACAGAGAUGAACCUUCGCUUCGAUAUGUCACAGCUCCGCAACUCCGAUUUAUAUUUGGCCAGUCGCAGCUUCUGGGGAUGAAUCUUUUUAACCCAAAAAAUCCAACGGCGCCAAUGGCUUUGUCCCCUAAUUUCACGGUGCUAAGUUUGAUGAAAGCAAAUUCUCCGGUUCCAGAUAAUACGGCACCGGGACUUUACAUCGUUGGUGCGAACUGCGCUAUGAUGCCGAGCUUCAGCCAAAACGAGAAUCCACACAACGAUAAAAACGAUACAUCAAUCGCUAUGAUUGUUAGUUGGUUGUGCAACAAUGGCCAAAAUACUUCAAUCUCGCACUACUUUGCUGGAGAUCUUAAUGUAGAUAAUGAAGAGGAACUCAUCGGGUGGCUGGUGCCGGAAGUUGCCUCUAGUACCAUUCGGACUACCAUAGCUAACCCGUCCCAGCGUCAAACGUAUAUAAAAACAAUGAAGCUCAGCCACCAUGGAUCCUUGACAUCAACGCCCGCUUUCUUCGUGGCCGCUGCAAAUCCCAUGAAUUUGAUUGUCUCGGCGGGGAGUAGAAAUGGUCACCCCCGGUGGGAAUUAAUGCUACUUUUGGAGAAAGUUUUGGGCCCAAACUCUCGGUUCUACGCCACCCGCUAUCCGUAUUAUCUUACCAGAUUAAACACAGCCCCGGUACCUCAAUACCAGGAUGAGGGGAUCCACUACAACUAUCUUAUGAGCUAUAUCACCGGGAAUCCAUCCGCUCUUCAGGAAAUGUACCAGGAGGAACUUGAGUGGUGGGGCUGUGCUGUUUGGACGGAUUUCCGGAAACUGUUUCGACAUCUCGUUAAGUACUAUCAGCAACACACAGGGACCAAGUUUGACCCGGGUAACCCAUGGCCAGCAUUGGUACAGCAUUUGGAGAACUGGAUAAUAGCGAGGUUUGAAGGAACUUGGAAAAACCGGUCGCCACAGAGUCCCGGUACUAUGAUUUCGGGGGAGGCACCGGAUGAGGAUAGUGGAAGCAUGUUCAAUUACAUCCUCGUAAGCUCAAGGAACCCGGAAACGAAUGUCAACGAUGGACUUGUCAAGAUCGCGACGCAAAACGGUACAGUGGAGGCAGCAUUUCCCUGCCCCCAAAAUGCUCCAGCCAAUAGCCCAGCGCCUCAACUCGGUAUAUACGACCUCGCGCUCGUCCAAGAAGAUUUCGGGCUCGUCGGGGGGGAUGCCAGUUCCAUGAUACCUUCGAGCAAUACUAGUGGAGCUGCAGCGACUGGCACGGCUCAAUUACACGGCCGCAAAAACUUUGGCACCUCCUACUACAGUCUUUCACUCUACUCCCCCGGUUCUAGUCGAAGAUUGCCCUGGGUGCCAGCCCUUGCAAACGCGGAAGGCUACUCACGACCUAUCGAUUUUGAUCCGUGUGAAAACGAUUUUCUCUUGCAGGAUGUUGCGAGCAGCUUCAAAACGCCCUCUUCGGUCGAUCCAGAAAUUAGUGAUUUUUCGCCUAUCGCCCUAGAUCCAGAAAUUUACCCUGGCACCUCAAGCGGAGACUACUACGUAUAUUGCAACUCUCUUAAGCCACACACUACUACUGGUAUUGAUGACACCAUUCAGGUCCUAGCCAGCUCUUCACCUUUAAAUGAGUUCAUAACGACUUUACACAAGGGAGUUCUAGGUCUUGCUUCGGCUCCAAAAGUGGGGUCCGCUGUUCCUGUAGUGACCAACGAUGAGAUGCUGUCGUGGUUUCAGCUGGUAUUUGGGACUAGUCAAAUUUCGGUCUCGGGGGACUCUAAAAAUAACAUAACUGGGUUUGAAAUCUCGGUGCCUCGGGUUCCAGGAAGCACAGAUAUGAAAAAUUACACCUACACGAAUAUCGCCAAUAUCUUUGGAACCCCUUCAGAUGCAAGCGAAGCUAUAAAUCCAUGCGGUUUACUCAUACAAGAGAAUGUUCUAGUUCUAGGGUUGGAUCUCUCCGGUGCCACCACCCCAGCCGAAUAUACAACCAAUCUGUAUCAAGUGAUGACGGCCUUUGGGCAAGGCCAAGCUUUAUCAAAUCCGAUUAUAGCUACUGCUGCCACCGCACUCGUUUUAGACAUAGAUGCGUCCGACGGAUCCCGGAAUGGACUUUGGUUCGCACCAGAAGAUUCGUAUAGAAUCGUCGUGCGGACGCAAUAUACCUGCCCUAGUGCUGCCUCAACGAGCUUAGUAGGGUGGUUUGGCGAUGAGCCGGAUUUACUGACAAUCAACAACCUCACGGUAGUAACAAAGGAGGGAUGGCGCAUGAAAGAUGUUGACACUAGCUUCCCGUCUGAUGCCCGUAUUGCAUAUAACUCCGAACUGCGGAUUAGCAUCGCUGUUACUAUGACUAUCCCCCCUACAUCUACGCAGGGUACUCCAGCAAACAAUAGCGGGGGUAUGAUAGGCGCCAAUGCAGAAGGUAACAAUGGUGGCACUACGGAUAAUAAUACAGGAAGUAAUAGUGGUAGCAACACGGGUGCCAACAUCAAUACGACAACUAAAAAAGAGAUUGCUCUUGUCGGGAUACUUCAGCUCCAAGCGUCAAACGCCAUGUUCCAGCUACAGAUUGACAAUACGAUAACGCUGCCGGAUAUCAUUGCUUGGGGUGCCGCGUUUCUGAAGAUUGAUUUUGGAGUAGCAGACUUAUUCCAAACUGCAAAUGGUACACAGACAUUGGAUAGUUCCACUCCGAAACUACGUCGAGUAACGGUGAUUACGCAGCUGGCUCAACCAGCAGCACCGACACCAAACUCGCCAAAAUCGGGCCUACCAUCGGCUCAGAAAACGGUCUCGCCGGCUCCGGCCACAGGGAACGCUAUUUGUGAGGUCAGUAUGGACUUCGAGAUACUGGCGAAAAGGGGCUCUCCAGAUAAAAGUCAGCCUGUUUUGCUCUGGGUGACUUACACCUGGAGUCCAACAUCUGGAGAGACCUUGCUUGCUAAAUUAUGGAAUAAAUUGACUGGGUAUUUUGAGGUUCCGUACAAUGCCUAUCUUCCUGACUACGAAGAUGGUUUCAUCCUUAUGCCAAUAUCAACGGGUUGUGUGCAGCCAUCGUACUUCGAUAUUUUAAGUCUCAUCCCUGGCGACAAAGCUGCGUCCAACGGAGUAGAUCAUGUUCCGGAAAACGUUCCUACACAAGUAACGCAAGCUAGUCUAAAGAUCACUAAUAAAAAUAUUUCUUUUUGUGGAACCAUCAUUGCGAAUACCCCAAAACCUAGCGGAACGCCCCAAAUAUUUCUCAACGCUCUCUCCCUUGACGCCUCUUAUUCAUGGUCUGACCCAACAGCAACCACAGCAUACUUAGAUAUCCGCACAGGCUUGAUUCCAAGAAUAGGGUCCGCAUCUAUGAUGCCGGCGUUCUUGAUUGGGAGCCUAGGUUAUUCUGGUGGACUAUGGUCCUUGCAAGCUAGCGUAAGCAACCUUAACGUCGGAAACUUAUAUCAAAUGUUCGACUCCGACUGCCAGGACAGCGUCAUGGACAUCCUUGAAAGUGUGACUAUAAAAUCUUUAGCAGUAUCGUACACUUAUGGGAGUAACGGAGACGCAUCAAAUUUUAGCUGUAUUGGCAUACUCCUCCUCGGGUCCCUAGAGCUGGACUUGAUUUUUACAUAUACCAGCGCUGUCGAGCCCUCUUCAAAUGUAGGCUCAAGUGCAGAAGGUACCCAAAGUGGGGACAACGCCCAGGGUACGGGCAAUCCCUCGGGGCCGGGCAAUACUAAGAUGAUGGAUGGUGCUCAGGGUGGAAACACCGCUCAACCUCAAACUAAAGGGACUACCCCAACCAAAGGAACCACACAAGAGCAGAAGAGUUGGUCAUUCUCCGCAAAGCUUUCUAGCGCGAACCCCCCGCCUUCAAAGCCUGUUACAGUCCAGGACAUCAUCAAUAGCGUGCUAGGUUCUGAUGUAGACCUUCCGUAUUUCCUUGGCGAUAUCAGCAUUACAAAACCAACCGCUGGGGAUGGAGUCAUAGGGCUCUCCGUCGGGAAGAUAUCAAAUACUACUCAAACCCAACCAGCCCCUAGCAAGGGCUUAAAUCCAGUUCAAAACCAACAACCCGGCAUUUGCUUCGUCACGUACGCAUUGAUGGAUGGCCUUUCAUUCACUUUUACACAGUACAAAUCUAUUGUUACUGCAGGCGGCGCGCCAGCAUCGACAAAACGGCUAAUCAAGGCCUCCGUGUCCGCACUGCCCCAAAUCAGCGUACCGCUGCUGGGUGACCUUACCCAGCCCUUCGACGAAAUGUAUUUUCUCUGGGUGCAGGAUAGCCCCCCUCCCGCUGCAAAAUCUAGCAAUAGCAAUAGUAAUGCCAAUCCUGGUCCCAAACCCCAGUCUCCGGCACCUUCUGAAGGCGAUACCGACCCGACGAACCAAUCUCCAGGGGCCUCUAACGCUAGCGUUAGUGCUCAGCCAGGUAUAACCAAGCACGAAUUCGAACAGAUUAAUGCCUACUACGCCAUGACGAAUACAAAUGAUCAACUGACUGGGGAAUAUGCGCUUACUCCACUUAAUUUUAAGCCUAAAACGGAUAUUUCCCUAAUUAAGGACACCGAUAUCGUAAUUGAGGCCGGGUGGCAUUUUGUGUUGGUCACUAAAGACUCAAAGGGUGAACCGACAGUUAUCAUUGAUUACGCAUUUGGCGGCAACCCACCGCCACCACCCUCGUCGGAGGCUAAAUCCGAUGCGGCGCCGGGUACAGAGACGCCUAAUAAACCGUCUGCAGACUCGGAUGAAGAUGAACCCGCGAUUGCAAGUCCAGAUUCGAAAACAGGUACAGGGGCACUUGUGAAACCAGCCAUAGGCGGGACCAACAAUGGCGCUUCGAAAAAUGCUUCUGAAUCCGCGUCGUCGCCUGUAACACCAGAUACUCCUACAGCCCCGAGUAGCGAGCCUACCUCUAGCGGUGCAAGAUUGGAACCGCUGAAGAAGAAACAGGGUCCUCUCUCUAUCAAUAACAUUGGCUUCGAAUAUAAAAAUAACACCAUAUACUUGCUCUUUGAUGCAACGUUCAACCUUGGACCAAUAGGAUUUACUCUUGUCGGGAUGAAGAUAGGGAUUACACUGAAAAAGGGUGCUGGGCUAGCAGAUAUAGACAAAGGUGAUUUUCACUUAAGCCUUGAGGGCCUCGAAGUAGCAUUUGACAAAGCUCCGAUAACAGCCACUGGAGCUUUCAUCCAUGGGACAAUGAAUGGUAUCGACUACUAUUCUGGUGGUAUCAUCAUUGGGUUCGAGCCGUGGCUAUUCCAGGCUGCCGGUUUUUACGGACAGACGAAGAGUAGCUCCGUGAAAAAUGUGUUCCUUUUCAUGCAAUUAAACGGGCCAAUUGUUACGGUUGGGUUCGCUUCCAUAUCCGGGCUAACAGGGGGCUUUGGGUACAAUAUGGAUCUUCGCUGGCCUACAGUGGCAGAAGUCCCACAGUUUCCAUUCCUUAUCGGCGACUCCUCGACACCGCCUAGCGAUCCAAUGACAGAACUAAACAGCUUGAUCAACGUUACGUCAUCUGAUGCUUGGGUAACACCUAAGGCCGAUUGUAUGUGGUUCGCCGUUGGCCUAUCAGCCAACGCAUUCAAAGUUCUUUCGGUAGACGCGGUCGUGGUAGUCCAAUUCGCUCCCGCAGUCAGACUGGGAAUAUAUGGUGUCGCAACAUGUGACAUUCCAAGUACUGCUGCAAAGAAGAAACUUGCUCAUGUCGAAUUGGGGAUCUCAGCGACCGUUGACCCCGAGACAGGAACCUUGAAAAUAGAUACGCAGUUAUCACCGACAUCUUAUAUAUUAGAUCCAAGCUGCCAUCUCACUGGGGGAUUCUCUCUAUACUCCUGGUGGCAGCCUAAGGGUGGCCCUGUAAACCCCUAUGCAGGUGAUUGGGUGCUCACUAUAGGUGGAUACAAUCCAGCUUUCCAAGUCCCCUCUCAUUACCCCCAAGCUGCGAGGCUGGCUAUUAGUUGGUCUCUGGGUAGCACUCUCUCUAUUACCGGCGAUUCAUACUUCGCUAUCACUCCAAAGUGUUGUAUGGCAGGUGGCGGCCUCCAUGCCGCUUUGAGUGUCGGGCCAUUGAGCGCGUGGUUUGAUACAUCUGUCGAUUUCCUCAUCAAUUACGAACCAUUCCAUUUUACCGGAGACGGUAGCCUCAGCGUUGGAGUUGCCUUUACAUUAGAUCUUUGGCUCGUAACCAUUCAUAUUAACAUCGAACUGAGCGCUACUCUCUACAUCGAAGGUCCACCCAUUCGGGGUCACGUCACUGUCGAUUUCUGGGUACACAACUUUUCCAUCGCGUUUGGCGAGGAUGACGACGACUCUCAGAAACCGGUGUCGCUUCAGGAUUUCUACAAUUCUGUUCUGAUGUCUGGUAUAGGCCCUCAGGCCAGCAGUACACCUUCAAAUCAGCAAUCAGAACAAGCUGGGGCGCCAGAUCAAGCACACCUCUUCACGUGCUCUAGCGGCCUGAUACCCCCAACUGCGGAUACGACGCCGACUUCCGGCGCGCAGUGGGAAGUUAAAGCCGGGGACUCUCUACUUGCUGGAAAUAGUGUUAUGUAUGCAAAACCCAUGCAGAUGACGGGUCCUGACCUAUCCUCUACUCUCUAUGUACAGAUUUUUGGUCCGGGCCAAACGGUUACAACAACCGAUCCGACUAAAGCCCCGCCUGCUGAGGGUAAUACUAAUCCGUGGGCAUUUGUUGCACAAUCUAAAAGCCUUCCAAGUGGCCUAUGGGGACAAUAUGAUGCCAGCGACGAUCCAUCAGCCGGCGGGAAUGGAAAUACGAUGCUUGCAGCUGGUGGCGGAACAUGCCAGCUUUGCGCAGAAGUUGUUCUCACCCCGCCUCCCGCCCAACCUUCUGAUGAUCUACUCGCCCAAUUCAAUUCCGCGAAAAUGUCAAUGCAGACAAUCUACUUUCACGCUAGCGCAAAAUCUAAAGGGAAAGUGACCACCCCGCCGCCAAAUUCCAAGGCGCCACCGACGACCACCCCACCGACGACAAGUGCCGUGACUGUUAAAAGUGCCGCGCAGCCAAUGGAUCUCGCGCAGUCCACCGACAGCGGACAAUCGACUGGACAGUCGACUGGCGUCACACCACCAGCUAACAACUCACAGUCAACCGAUACCGAGCCAACGACAACCGGAGCCGAUGCACCCCCUCCUGAAUUCCCUGCUUUGGCUCUGUCAAACCCAAAUUUCGAUCCAGUUGCUUCUGUUAGUGGCGCAGCGCAAUGGUCUGCCGUGUCAGAGAGUUGGGGAACUUUGAAUUCAAACACCUCAGAUAUCGUUACGUAUUGGGCUUCUCAGAUGCUCUGGGGUAAAAUCGACACUACUUACGCAAAUAAUGCGCUAACUCCAGCCAUCCCCGAAUUACUGUUGGCCCAAUUUGACGAUUUGUAUAUGGAGGCUCCCCAAUUGGGCCCCGAGGCGACGGCGGCGAGUUCUUGA